AUGACCUCAUCGGUCCUGCCGUUUCAAGUGACUAAUGGGAUUUUCGGUGCUUUGGGAUUGGGAUUGAACGCGUUUGCACUGAGAAUAAUUUGGUCUGGUCACAUGUGUGCCAGAUCAACCGUGCUGUUUCUCCGAAGUCAAUGCAUAUUCGACGGAUACUGCUCACUUUUGAUUUUGUUAUACCAAAUUAUCGGGGACAGUAUUCAGACUAGUUCCGAGGGGUACAAUAAAUUCAUGUGUCUGUUGUGGAGCCAGCAUAAUCUAUUCUGGCUUGGGAUCAUGUUCGGACUGUAUAAUAUUGUCUCACUUUCACUGGACUGUAUGCUCGCGGUGGUUCGUCCGCAGUUUCACCGAACCCAUCAACUGAGCAUCUCGGUUAGUCUGUAUGUGUUCAUCACGGUGAUGAGUAUACUCCUCGUGAUGCCCAAUUUUUUUCUACGUCAAUAUGUCAAUUCAACUUGUGUCUACACUAUUCCCACCAGGUCAACCGAGAAACGGAGUGUGUCAUUUCGAAUCUAUAGUGUUCCUUGGGUAAUUUGUGCCAGUGUUUUGCCCAUCUUUGUUUCCCUCAUGUGUACCGGAGUCACAAUUCAGCAUCUGUUGAAAGCCACACAACCGAACGUUUACAAGGAGAUCAAGACCACCGUCCGUAUUCUGGUGUUCCUAAUUGUGGCUGUGUUCAUAUUUCACUUUCCGGAAAAUUUGCGAUCUAUUCUGGCCCUGUUACGCGUGAACGACUAUGUUCCGGGAUCGAGAGAUCAACAAAUUGGCAUACUCCUACUGGUGGUCAAUCAGUGUACUAAUCCUUGUGUUCUGAUUAACAGUCGAAUUUCGGCAAAUCAGCUUGUCAGUCGAUUACAGAGUGUGGCAGAAAAAAUCAAACACGACUUGAAAGAACGUUCAUUCCGACGAUCGAGAAAUCGAACCUGUUGA